AAAUUUAAAUUAUAACAAAAACUUUUUUGCUUUUGGACUAUAAAAUUGUCAAUUUGUGCUCAAUUCUGUUAUUCAUUUUUGCCCUCAAUUAUGGCCUCCUCCUCUUCUUCGUUGUGCUAUUCUCCAUUAGCAUUAAAGAUUGAUCACUCUGAGCCUGUAAGAAGUGGUUCUGAGUCAUGUAGAAGAGUCAAGUUGAGAGGAGAUUGGAGUUUCUUAGGAGGAUCCAAAAUCAUUUUGAAGCCACAAGCUGUGAAAUCUCUACUUCGUCAAAAACACAAUGGAAUUUCUGCUUCAUGGUUGCCAAGCUCUGAACUUGCUAGCAGUGUGUUUUCGUUGGGAACUGCAGCAGUUCUCCCAUUUUACACACUCAUGAUCGCAGCUCCCGAAUCAGAGAUAACUAAAAGGUCAAUGAAAAGUGGAAUACCAUAUGUGUUGCUUGGCCUUCUGUAUACAUAUCUACUGUGCCUUUCUUGGACCCCUGAGACCAUUCAACUCCUUUUUGCAAGCAAAUACUACUUACCAGAGCUAAGCAGUAUAACAAAAAUGUUCUCCAGUGAGAUGACUUUAGCCUCUGCUUGGAUUCACUUACUGGCCAUAGAUCUCUUUGCUGCCAGGCAGGUUUUUCACGAUGGACUUCAGAAUCAAAUUGAGACUCGCCAUUCAGUUUCUCUUUGCCUCUUCUCCUGCCCCAUUGGUGUUCUGUCUCAUUUUAUCACUAAACAGAUCACCAAAAAUGCUGUGAAAGAAACACACACAGAAUCAUAGUGAAGACGACAAUACCUCAACUUAAUGAAUCAUAUCUUGGAUGAAAGAUAGAUGCCUGAUAUCAUGGUUACACCAGCCACCACAAGAGAAGUCAGACUAAGUGACGUUUUAGCUGGAAUUUUCAUGAGAUCCUUCAACUGAGAAACAGCAAUUGAGACAUGAUGAAAGUCUUCAUAAUGAAUAAUAGAAAAAAGGGGUAUAUAAAUUUUUGGUCCCUUGAUUACAUCGUAAGUUUCAAUUUUGUCUGUUAACUUAGAUUCAGCACAGUAAUUCAUAAUUGAAAAAAGUCUCACAUUGAAUGUUAGACAUAAAGCCAAAAUAGGACCCUUGUACUUCAUCUUGAAAUUUAUUUUCGCCCUUUAACUUAA